ACCACCACAACCAACUCAACCACAACUUCAACCAACUCCACACUCAAUCAAACAACCAACUCAACACCACUCAAAUCACAAUCCACCCUCAACACCACCAACUCAACCAAUCAACUUCAACUCACACCUUCACAACUCAACUCAACCACCACCACUCACAACUCAAUCAACUCAACCACCACUUCAUCAACUCAAUCAACUCACACC